AUGUACACCAGACCAGCCGAGUACACCAGGCCUCCCAGCCCAGUACACCAGGCCUCCCAGCCCAGUACACCAGGCCUCCCAGCCCAGUACACCAGGCCUCCCAGCCCAGUACACCAGGCCUCCCAGACCAGUACACCAGGCCCCCCAGCCCAGUACACCAGACCUCCCAGCCCAGUACACCAGACCUCCCAGCCCAGUACACCAGACCUCCCAGCCCAGUACACCAGGCCUCCCAGCCCAGUACACAAGGCCUCCCGGCGCAGUACACCAGGCCAGCCCAUUACACAAGGCCUCCCUGCCCAGUACACCAGGCCUCCCAGGCCAGUACACAAGGCCUUCCAGCCCAGUACACCAGGCCAGCCCAGUACACAAGGCCUCCCCGCCCAGUACACCAGGCCUCCCGGCCCAGUACACCAGGCCAGCCCAUUACACAAGGCCUCCCAGCCCAGUACACCAGGCCUCCCGGCCCAGUACACCAGGCCAGCCCAUUACACAAGGCCUCCCAGCCCAGUACACAAGGCCUCCCAGCCCAGUACACCAGGCCUCCCGGCCCAGUACACCAGGCCAGCCCAUUACACAAGGCCUCCCGGCCCAGUACACCAGGCCAGCCCAGUACACAAGGCCUCCCGGCCCAGUAUACCAGGCCAGCCCAUUACACAAGGCCUCCCCGCCCAGUACACAAGGCCUCCCGGCCCAGUAUACCAGGCCAGCCCAUUACUCAAGGCUUCCCGGCCCAGUACACCAGGCCAGCCCAGUAAACCAGGCCUCCCCGCCCAGUACACAAGGACUCCAUAG